AUGCGUUCAGUGCUCCUUAUUAGCUGCCUGGCGGCAUGCUCUGCCGCUGCCCCCAUCUUUGAGAACUUCUACAACUUCUCCGAUGAUAUGGCUGAGUUCCUGGGCCGAGUGAGCAAGGCUAUCCACAGCGAGGUCAACUCGUUGACCUGCGACACAUCCUCAAUUGCUCUCCCCUCUUUUGCCUCUGGCCUCCCAGCCCCCACCGGCCAGAAGCCCCUCUACGUCGCACUCGGACGCGGGACACAGAACUACACCUGCGCCGACUCAACCUCCUCCUCGACGCCCGAGGCCGUCGGCGCCGUCGCCCGCCUUUACAAUGCAACAUGCCUCGCCGCGAGACUCCCAAAGGCCAUCGAGCUGCUCCCCGCGAUUGCCUACAAGCUCACCCUCCCAGCAAACGAAUACGACCCACUCCCCCCAUCCAAUUUUAACCUCCUCGGCCACCACUUCUUCGAGGGCAAAGUCCCCGUCUUUGACCUUGACACAACGCCGGACCGACAGCUGGGAAUCGCGAAAGUGAAGAAAGAAGCCGACCUUCCCGCUCCAACGUCUGCGGUGCGUGGCGAUGACGACGAAGGCGCCGUUGCCUGGCUUUAUCUUUCAAGAAGCAAUGGCACCGUAGGCCGGUACUCGAGCGUUUACCGCGUUGAUACCGCAGGUGGAUCGCCGCCUGAGACUUGUGAGGGGAUGGCGCGGAGUUUCGAGGUCGAGUAUGCGGCAAACUAUUAUAUCUAUGGGCAAUAG